AGCUGCCCGACGGACGAAGAAGAAAGGCUCGUCAAGCUUGUGGGGACUUGCUGAGUCAACGAGCUCCUUAUUCCAAACAUUCAUUCCGCAAAUUAAUAUUCCCACAAUAAUUUCGUCGCUCGACUCGUGGCGUGAAAUUUGCGGUCAAAUGGACGAAGUGGAGAUUACGGACGUGGACGAAAACGGCGACUUGCUGGAAGUGGAGGAGGAGAAGCAGCACGACCUGCUGUCGUCAUUUAGCCUGAUGGCCGGAGAGCUUUUGUCCGCGUACGGCUGCUACCUGCUGCUGGCGCUCGCGGCGGGCUACGCGCUGCUUCUCUACCUGGGCAAGAGGAGGACCGGGUCCGAACGCGGCGCCUCGCCCGCCGCGUUGCAAGAUGCCGAGGCGGUGGUGAGGAGGCAGGAGGCCAUGGAAGCGUCUCGAAGGAAGAUGCAGCAAGAGCAGGACGACAAGGCGGCCAUCUUCAGGGAGAAGCAGAAGCAGCAAGAGGAGGAGAAGAGGCGUCAGAAGAUUGAGGAGUGGGACAGCAUGCAGCUGGGGAAGAGUUUCAAAGGAGCUUCCAGACGAUUGCAGAGCAGUGACGAAGACGCCGGCACGUCCGGCGGCCCCGGCAGAGCCAAGAGCGACAAGAAGCCGCUACGCACCUCUGGGUACGCCCCGCUGAGCGGCGACGGCGGCUCAUGCUCGUGGCGCCCCGGAAGGCGGGGCCCGUCUUCGGGCGGAUGAUCUUAAAGCAGGUCCCGGACCUCGUCGUGUGAGCGCAUGCGCUGGCUGACGCGAGCUCACGGGUGCCUGGACUGCACGCUACGCUAGGCUAGGCUAGGCUAGGCUAGGCUAGACUACACUACAGUGAAGCCCCUUUCACGGUGCGGGACGACGACUUCUAAUUGUAAUGACGAACGGAUGGAGGGAACGGAGUCAGAGCUCCAUCUAGUGGACAGACGACACAAGUACGUCUUUCUGCGCGACUCCAACACUGAACGGCAUUUACUGUUUCAUGAAAGAUUAAGACUAUACAAUAUGCACAGCCCUUAAUGAUGGUGGCUCACAGGAAUGCAUUUCAGAGUCGAACGCUAAAGACAAAAGUGCAGAAUGAUCAAAACGGAAACUGGUUCAUACGACUUUGGGGAGGUGCAUGCAUUUCUGUCCAUGUGUUGCCAUUCAAACUCUGCCGCUACUACUGCAUCAAUGAUCCCAACUACUCAUGAACGCAAUUCCACUCUUGUCCUUACGGUGGACAUGUGCAAUAGUUCACACACUUUGAGAUAUUGAUAUCUGAGAAAUGGCAUUUACAACCCCAAUUCCAAUGAAGUUGGGAUGUUGUGUUAAACAUAAAAACAGAAUACAAUGAUUUGCAAAUCAUGUUCAACCUAUAUGUCAUUGAAUACGCUACAAAAACAAGAUAUUUAAUGUUCGAACUGAUAAACUUUGUUUUUAGCAAAUAAUCAUUAAGUUAGAAUUCUAUGGCUGCCACACGUUCCAAAAAAGUUGGCACAGGGUCAUGUUCACCAGUGUGUUACUUCACCUUUUCUUUGAACGACGUUUGGGAACUGAGGACACUAAUUGUUGAAUCUUUGUCGUUGGAAUUUUUUGCCAUUCUCGCUCGAUGUACAGCUUCAGCCGUUCAACAGUCCGGGGUCUCCGUUGUCGUCUUUUACGCUUCCUAAUGCGCCGCACGUUUUCAAUGGGAGACAGGUCUGGACUGCAGGCAGACCAGUCUAGGACCCGCACUCUUGUACUGCGAAGCCAGGCUGUUGUAACACGUGCAAAAUGUGGUUUGGCAUCGUCUUGCUGAAAUAAGCAGGGGCGUUCGUGAAAAAGACGUCGCUUGGAUGGCAGCGUAUGUUUCUCCAAAACCUGUACGUAGCUUUCAGCGUGAACGGCGCCUUCACAGACGUGUAAGUUACCCAUGCCAUUGGCACUAACACGGCCCCGUACCAUCACAGACGCUGGCUUUUGAACUUUGCGUCCGUAACAGUCCGGAUGGUUCUUUUCCUCUUUGGCCCGGAGGAGGACACGACGUCCACAAUUUCCAAACACAAUUUGAAAUGCGGACUCGUCGGACCACAGAACACGUUUCCGCUUUGCGUCGGUCCGUCUUAGAGGAGCUCGGGCCCAGCGAAGCCGGCGGCGUUUCUGGGUGUUGUCGAUAAACGGCUUUGGCUUUGCAUAGUCGAGUUUCAAGUGGCACUUCCGGAUGUAGCGCGCAACUGUCGUUACUGACAUUGGUUUUCUGAAGUGCUCCUGAGCCCACGCGGUGAUAUCCUUUACUCAUCGAUGUCGGUUUUUGAUGCAGCGCCGCCUGAGGGAUCGGCGGUCACGGGCGUUCAGUGUCGGUUUUCGGCCUCGCCGCUUCCGUGCAGUGAUUUGUCCAGAUUCUCUGAACCUUUUGAUGACGAUAUGGACCGUAGAUGAUGAAAUCCCUCAAUCGCUUGCAAUUGUACGUUGUGGAACAUUGUCCUUAAACUGUUGGACUAUUUUCUCACGUACUUGUUGUGAAUGACUGAGCAAUUCAGGGAAACUCCUUUUCUACCCAAUCGUGGGACCCGCCUGUUCCCAAUGAGCCCGUUCACCUGCGGGAUGUUCCAAACACGUGUUUGAUGAACAUUCCUCAACUUUCUCAAUCUUUUUUGGAACGUGUUGCAGCCAUCGAAUUCAAACUUCAUGAUGAUUUGCUCAAAACAACCAAGUUGAUCAGUUGGAACAUGAACUAUCUGGUCUUUGUCGUGUAUUCAAUGAAAUAUAGGUCGAACAUGAUUUGCAAAUCAUUGCAUUCUGUUUUUAGUUGUUUACCACAACGUCCCAACUUCCUUGGAAUCGGGGUUGUAUUUUACUGUCUGCUAUUGUGUGAAUGCAAAAUGGCUGCCUCGUCACAGAAGAGUCUGAAAAAGGACCGAUUAUAGUGGUUGCACGCCAAGUUGCAUUUGUGCUCGUUUUCACGGGAAAGGCAAAUAGGAGAACAUUUGACUUCGACUUGAAGUUUGUUGCAAAACAUCCCUACAAAACGAGAGAAUUUCACUAUUUGGAUGGAAUUGUUGUCAAGUUUGAAACAAGCGCUACUUGGACGCACUCGGAGGAGCAAGACCUCCAAGCCGAGCGUCCGACGAUCCUGGCAGGUGCCACGUGGACCUUCUCUUUCAGUGCUGCCAGGCCACCUUGUGGCACCACGUGGUACUACACCGAAGGCAGGCAACUGGAAAGCGUGGCGUGUCUUCAGACUUUAAAAACACACGCACGCAGAAAACUGUCGCUCGCAAUAGAAAAAUCAUCGUGGGGGUUCACUGUAGCGUAUGUUAGCGUUAGCAUGUAGCGUCCAGGCGCUCCUGUGAGUUCGGGAUGACGUCACGCUCGGAAAUGGUCGCCGACCAGCGAGUGCGACUGAUGAACGCCAGCUCAGUCUCUCUUUUUUUUUUUUAUUGUUUUUGUUACAGUCAGACAUUUACCAUCUUUUCAUCACAUCUCACACUUCAAAGGAGACGCGAUGAGAUGUUUUCCCCCAUAAUUUCUACGGCGCUCUUUGUUCAAAAUCCCCGAGGAGGAAGAACAAGAAUUCUAGCCAUCUUUUUGCGGACUAUUGCAGCUCUGCUUACCUUUCGACUUUGACACGAUCAGCGUCAAACUGGUUCUUUUGCUCCGGAACUCUGAGAAGCCGAGCAGCGGAGUCCUCGGUGAAGGGGCGUGGUCAUGUUUAUUGGGAGCUAGUGACGCCACAACGGGACGGGAAUUGCGAAGGCCUCGCCCACGGACUCGGUUUCCAGACUUGGGUGUUUCGUUUCACGUUCGAGACGCGCUACUGUUGGGGUGUAAACACAUGAAAAAGCCCCCUUUUCUUAAUAUGUUGUCAUUUGUUCUUGUAUGUUGCGAAUAACAGCAAAUCAUGGAAUAUUUGCGUGUUACUAUUGAAACAAUGUCAUGAGAUGUUUGCUUUCUUUCUACCCCUUUUCAAACGGCUUUUACUUUUUUCCCCCCCCAUUUAGUUUUGUGGAAUUUUGUAUUUGGUCUUCGGAAUUCAGAACUUCAUUUCAUCUAAACAAACGUUUCCUCUUCUCUCCAUCGUUAAGCAAUAAACGAACGAUGCCAACUUUGGAUUUCUUCCCCCCAAGUUAGUUCUAAAUAAAGGACGUUGACUAAAAUGGAA